AUGUAUUAACUAAAAUAAUUGCAUUUACCUACAGUUCCUCAAAUAUAAGAAAAUGAAUAAUAUGCUAAAUAGUCUUUCGAAGAUAGUGUCUUAAAAAUAUAGAAUGUUUCAUUGGCAACAAGAUUGGACUAUUUAAAAAAAACAAUUAAAGAAUAAAAAUCAAUAAUUACAGAAUUGGUGGAGAGAGAUAUUAGACAUUAAAAAUUUUUUAGUUUUUUGGAGAUAGCUUGGCGAGGAUUUCUUUAAAGAAGUUUAAGAAUAGAAAGUGUUGUAAAGAAAAAGGGAUUAUUAGAAAACAAAUAUCUAAAUGCUUUUUAAUAUUUGGAUGAUGUAAGAUAAAUAAAAUAUUUUAGAUUUUCAAUAGUUAAUAUUUACUUUGUAAUAAUAUAGAAGGCCAAUUCAAAAAGUAAAUUAGUCAUAAAUUUGAGUAAUUUCUAAGAAUAAUAGAGAAUAUAUACUUUGAAAUAUCUCUUGAAUAUAGUGAAUUUAUGGAAAUGAUUAAAGAUAAAACAAAUUAAUUAUUAGAUUUAGAGGAAUAAGACUAUCUGGAAUAUGUGAAAAAACUUAUAAGCACAAAUAAAGAUUUAAUGAAAAAGAAUUAGGAUAUAGAGUAAAAUUUAAAAUAGAUUUAAAAAAUAAAGGAAAAAAAAUUAAGUGAUUUAGAUGGUUAAAUAGGAUUCUAAACAAUAUAUUAAUUAUAAACUUUAAUUGCAGAAAACAAGAAAUAAAAUGAAACAUUGAGUAGAAGAUUAAGAAUAUUAAUGAAUUAUAAUGAUAAAUCAAUAAAUUAAAAAUUGAAUGAAGAAGAUGAAAAUUAUGAAUGUAUUUGUGGUGGUGUUUAAAUGAAAUAAAUAGGAUUUAAUAAUCAAUUAGAUUUUGUUAGAUAAUCAUAUGACAAUAGUGAAGACAGAUAAUUAUAAUUAACUAAAUUAGAUAGAAAAAAUUAAUCUUAAAAUAACAGUACUUAUACAAUUUAACAAUUAUUAUUAAAAACAUUAAAAAGUAAAUAAAUAAAGGUGACAAGUAUUGAAGAUGAUUAAUUGAAUAUUACUUUUUCUUAAUCUGAAAUUAAAGACUUAGAAUAUUUAUUAAAUAAUUAUUAAAUAUUAUAAACUUAGAAUAAAAAAUAUUAAUAAUAAGUAACCUAAUAACAAGUAAAAAUUAAGGAAUUAGAAAUUAGUAAUGAAUAUAGAGAGGAUUAAUUUGUAGAAUCUGAAACUUUUAGUAUUUUAUAGACUUAGAAUAUGAAUCUCAUAGUUGUGAAUUCUUAAUUAACUUAAUAAUUAUAAACUUAAUAAACUUAAUAUUAAGAGUUGGCAAAUUCUUAAUAAUUUGAAAUAAAUUAAAUGAAAAAUCAUUAUGAAAUUGAGAUUUAAAAAUUGACAUUAGAAAUUAAUCAAUUGAAGAGUUUAAAAAAUGAUUAAUAAUUUGGUAUUAAAAAUAUAUAUAAUGAAAAUGAGAGAUACAAUUAAAAUCUGAAAGAAAGAUAUGAUUAAUCAUAAAAGAUUAUAGAUGCUCAAAGUGGUGAAAAUAAUGUUUUGAAAUCAGCAAAUAAAGAAUUGAGAAAUAAUUUGGAUGAAUUAACAAAAUAAUUUUAGGAACUAUAAAAUAAAUAAAAUGAAAUAGAAAUGGUAAUAUUAUAUUAUAUUAAUAGAAAAAUGUUGGAUUAAUGGCUAGAAUUCCAGGAGAAUUAAAUAUAGAAUAAUUGACUUUUAGACAUAAUAAACAUAAGGAAUGCAUUUAAGAAGCAUUAUAAAUUAUAAUUAGACAUUAACCACAAUUUAAAGAGAAAUUUUAAGAAUUAAUUGGAUAUAUUAAAACUAGAGAUUAAAGAAUAGAAUAAUUUGAAAAAGAGAUUAGCAAAAAAGAUAAAUAAAUUUAAGAUUAAAAAAGACAUUUAUAAAUGAUGAUGGAUGAAACUGAUUAUAAUUCUAAAAUAUAUGAAGAAGUUAUGGCUAAAUCUAAGAUUAUUGAAUAAUAAUUAUCAAUUAAAGAGAAAAAUGAAGCUGUAUUAAUAUAAGACAAAUAAGCAGAAAAAACUAAAUUUGAAAAUGAAAGAAUUUAAUUUAAAGAAAAAGAAAAAUAGUAAUAAGAAUGCAUAAAUUAAUUAUAAUAAUAAAGAACUAAUUAAACAUAAUUAAUAUAAAAAUAUACUCAAGAGAAGUUUUAAGUAAAUUAAAAUCAUGGAGAAUUAGUUAAACAAUUAGAAUUAUAUAAAUCAUAAUAUGAAAAACUAUUAUCUGAAUAAAGUACAACUAAAAUUGAAAGAGACUGUUAUGCAUAAAAAAUAUAAAAAUCAAAGUUAAUUAAUGAUGAAUCUUUACUUGAAAUAGAUAAAUUGAAAUAAAAAAUAAUUGAAUUAGAAGCCAAUAUAGAGUCCUAAUAGUUUCUAUUAAAUAAUCCUGCUUAAUUAGAAUAAGUUAAAGGUUAUCUUAUAUUAAAGAAGGAUGAUACCAUUUUUGAAUAAGCAUAAAUAUAAAAAGUCAAAACAACAGCUUGUUGUAGUGAAUGCAAAAUAUCACUUAAAGAAGUAAUCAUCUAAAAAUGUAUGCAUAUGCUUUGCAAAUCAUGUGGAGAAAUUGCUUAAUUAAAAGAAUCAUGUCCUAUAUGUAAGGUCAGUAUAAAUUUAGUUGAUAUUUGGGCAACAAAAGUUUAGGAAUGAA